CCAAAUACAAUUUAGUGAAUUUUUUAGUUAUAGUGUUUUUUAGUAAUAAUUUAAGAUCUCAUUUUUCGAGCAAUGUCUCCAACAACCCCGCCAAGAUAACGCCAUUCGACCACCAUUCCACCAGGAUGUUGAGAUGGCUGGGCCCCAAGAAGCCGGCCGAACCGCCCGACCGACGCACGCCGCUGGAUGCCGCCGCGGGGGCGGGCAUUUUGGGUGACGGCCACGUCACCGACGACCCUCUGGCCGCCAUAUCGCUGCCCAUGGCGGAUCCCCGGAGAAAAAGGGGGGCGCCCAGGCAAAUCUACUCCGUAAGCAGGUCAGUUUAUUUACCGAGGGUAACUUUGAAGAACAACGGUGCUAACGAGGCUUCUUCUGCUUCUAUCGAUCCUUCUUCUGCUAGUAACGGUGUCGGGGUGAACCCUUUAUUUCGAGAACCCUCAAACGACCCUCAAAACGGAAACAAACUUCCAAACCACUCUUCGACCACCUCGCCAGCGUUCGGCAACAAGUCAAACUCCUCGGGAUACGGAGGCAGCCACGGAGGCAGCAGCCUGGACGCCCUCUACCUGGAACGGCUCAAACUGCAAAACGACAGCGGCGUGACGCUGGAACAGAACCCGACGUACGUGCGCAGCAUCAAGGUGGCCAGGACGCGCGCCAAGCAGUCGAAAAUUCAAGUGCCAUCUCUGACGUCGAGCUCAUCUGGCAACGGGACUUUGACCACGAUCCCAGAAGGCAGAGUCGACGUCAUACCCAAACCGAUAUGGCCGUUGGACGAGAAGCUCUUAGACCAGUACGAUUCCCUCGUCGACGAUGCUUUGCUACUGUACACGAGUUUGAAUUAUUCGCCGGAGAAAUCAAAGUGCCUGGAGAGCUACGUGGAUUUAUCGGUCAAGGAUCUUCUAGUGGAGUUGUUGAACAAUAUCAAUGCUACUUUGGAGGGUAAAACUGGGAUGUCGCCUGAAGAUAUGUUGAAAAGCGUCAACGAGAGGUUGAUUUCGAAAUUGGAAGCUUUAAGGAAUGCAACGGAGGACGAGAUGAAAAAGCUGUGUGUUAAUUUAAGUAAUUGUAGGAAAAUGAAUUCGGUCCUAAGGGCAUUUAGUCAUUCCAGUUCCAGUGGCAACUCCAGCCAAAGCAUUCCGGACUACAGUAGUGGUCGUGUUCGAACCCUGUCGUCCGAAACCGAGGACCUCUACCACAUACCAUCGGGCUCAUCCUCGAGCGGCUUCAGCGACACGGCCAAAGACCCCCCGUGCGCCGUGCUGCCCGUCUUCGUGCACCACGACAACUUCGCGGGCGUGUCGAACGGCGUGCGCAACGCGAUGAUUUACGGCACGCUGAUCAGGGACAGGGGCGGCGCCGGCGCCGAAAAGCUGCUCGAGAGGACCCGAUCGACGCCGGUGAAGAAGAAAAGCCUGCUGUUGGCUGCCAAAGACAGCAAACCGAGCGUGUGGGAGCAGUACUACGGGAUGAAGGCGACGAGUGACGUGGCGGGAAAAGUCGACGGGAAGCCUUCGGAUGUUCCUAUUUUUCCUGGUGGUAGGCCUGAAGCGGACUUUACUCUAGAUGUGCCCAGAUCGGAGAUGCUGUCGAAAAAAAUGCGCGACGAUAAGAAAUGGCGAUUUCGGUGUCGACUGCUCACCUCCUUCUUGGGACUAGUCUUCUUUCUUCUCUCAGUCAUGGCUGUCAGUCUGAUGCUCACUCGGGGAAAACGGAUGUUUGGAUCUAUGGUUUAAAAAUUGAAACGCCCAAAUGCUUACAAAUGCAAAAAAACAUACCCAUAAAUAAUAACUACUGUUUAAAAGUUUACUUUUUCUGUAUUUUUUGGUUUAAAAGUAU